AUGCUCGAUAAGAUUAGGCUCUCAGUAUUUGACAACAUCGUCAAUGGAGUCAUUGGUAAUGAUGAAGAUUUAAUCAAGGCUUUGAAGAAAACACGAGCAUUUGCCCGCGAUCCUGAAGAACUAUGUCACUACACCAAAGAUGAUGCGGGAAUUAAGUUUGCCGACACUGGUGGUCUAGAGAAAGUGAAAAUUUCAUUCAGUCGCAAGGAAACCAAGAAGAAGAACGUCAAAAGUGAAAGGAAUCAGCCAAUUAUUGGGGCCUGUCUCUCAAAAGGUUUCGACAGAUAUACUUCACCAGAUUUGAACAAUGUGUACCUGUUACAAGAUUUGUUCAAAGCAAUAAAAUAUCUAAUUGAGAGCAGGAAGCUAUCACGAGACAAGCUCAGAGUUGUUACUACGAGGCGGCAUUUGAUGAAAUUGAUGUGCAUCCCUUUGAAUAAACAACCAGUCGACUUUGAUGUCAUUUAUUGGCGAGGGUUGGUAAUUUUCGCGUACAAUUGGGAUGAAGAAGUAAAGUUGGUUCCUGACAAUAUUCAAAAAAUGCUUCAAUAUAGUGGCUACCAGUUUGAGAAAGUGGUUACUGGGAAGACAUCUCGUGACAAUGCGUCUCUGUUUUAUACGGUGACCCAACAUUCCGUUGAUGCAGCCAAUGUGAUCUACUCGGCCGAAAUUGACUGCGCAAUAGCAAAGGAACCGGGAUUACAAAACUACGUGGAAUUGAAGACACAUUCUACUCUCCUUGAUGACAAGCUCAAGACGGCAAACAAGCUUCAGAGAAAGUUAAUGGCAUUGUACUGUCAGAACAAGUUUAUAUCGUGCAAUUACUCUGCCAUGGGCUUUAGAUCACAAGAUUUCAGACUAGCGUCGCUUAAAAAGUAUACAGAGCAUGAGCUAGUUGGACUAUUGGACAAGCUACCUAUAUUCCUCACCCAUCUGUGCUCUUUGAAAACAAAGCACAUUUUCCAAUGGUACAACCUUGUAAUUAGUUGGUUGUGUCAAAGACACUUUGAUGACAACGAAAAACCACAUGUUUUCAAAUUACGAUUUGAAAGAAAAGAUGAGCUAAUGGACUCCCAUUUGGCAGUGGAGCCUGUCUCAGAUGACGAAGCAGUUAAAACUUUCAAUAAGCUAGUUCCCGAGUGGUUUCAAAACUUUUAUUAG